AUGGCUACGACGCAUUCAGAGUACAACGAGAAGACCACCGCAACUUCCGUUGCGAGCGCAUUUGCCGACCAGAUCCGGGGGCGAAAUGUGGUAAUUACUGGUGUCGGCCCCAACAGUUUGGGUGAAGCCCUUGCAUUAGCAAUUGGGAGCCAACAGCCAGCCAAAUUGUUUCUAGCGUCGCGGACAGAAGCCAAAGUCCAACAAGUUGCCGACAAGGUCAGAGAGCUGUCGCCAACCACCUCGAUUGAAGCAGUGACCCUGAAUCUGGCAUCUCAAAAAUCAAUUCAUGCCGCUGCAUCGAAGAUUCAAAGCCAAGUCGAUCGAGUGGACAUCCUGAUCAACAAUGCUGGCAUGAUGGUGCUGGAAAAAGAGACUACCGAGGACGGUAUUGAGAUCCAGUUCGGUACCAAUCAUGUUGGGCACUUCCUUUUCACCAACCUGCUCAUGGAUCAGAUGAAGAAUGCCGCGAAAUCCUCGGAGAGCGGGUCGACUCGAAUCGUUAAUGUGACCAGUGCUGGCCAUCGGUUGUCGCCUCUUCGCUUCCAUGACUAUAACUUCGAGGGCAAGGAAGUGCCUGUGGAUGAAAGACCCCCCGACGGCUUGCCUCCUAUGUUUAGUCCUUCUGCUGGUGGGUAUAAUGGAUGGCUGGCGUAUGGACAGUCCAAGACAGCCAACAUUUUGUUCACUGUCUACUUGACUCAGCACCUAGCAUCUGCUGGCAUUGUCUCGUAUAGUGUGCAUCCUGGAUCAAUCUGGACAGGCCUUAGUCGAGGCCUUGACGAUAGUGGGAAUGAGAUUAUGUCCAAGACUAGCAACUUUUGGAAAUCAGGCGACCAAGGCGCUGCGACUAUGCUCGUAGCUGCCUUUGAUCCAUCUUUGAAAUCUGUCUCCGAUCCAUCGGCCGUUUACCUCAGCGACUGCCAAUUUGCACCGACUGCACCACACGCGGUGAACCUCGAAGCUGCAGAGAAGCUAUACCAUUUGAGUGAGGAGCUUGUGGGUAUGAAAUUUCCACUGUGA